AUGUCAAUAAGGUGGUUCAAAGCUUCGGAAUCUCUAUCGGUUAUUAGCUCAGCAAUAGGCCCCAGAUUCUCCAUGGCAGUCAGCCAGAAACUUGGAAUGCCCUUCACAUCCUUGAGAGUUUCGUCAAUCUCGCUCUUGGCCUCAUCUUGCUCCUCCUCCUCCUCGUCCUCCUCUUCGCCCAUCAAGGCCUGGCCUUCCUCGAUCUCCUCGGUGGUUGGUUCCAACGACCCCAGCACGAUCCUCUUUCUCUUCUGGAAGAUCGGGAGGUGCUUCUCGUGGUACUUCUUCUCCAAGUUGAGCAACUCCAUCUGA